UUUAUGAUGCUAAAACCAGCACAUUUUUGACACCUCAACAAUUAAUGGGUUAUCCACCAAAUUGAGGAAUGGAUUUAACCUUAAUGCAGUUUAACUUGUUGCUUCUCCUUCAAGCAGAACAGGUGGGAAAAACUGCACGUGUGUUUCAGCUACAUUAUCAACACAUUCAAUUCAUCCACGGGCUACAUGCCACAGGUGUGUUCACAGGUUAACACGCGUGAUGUAGUUACUGCAGGAGAAGCAGCGUCCCUCAUUUUGACUGUGGACUAACUUUUCUAUGUAAAAUACUCACACGAGCCCUGUACUAUCACUAAUUUUGCCCGGGACUCUCCGCUGCCGCCGGUCAAGAUUAGUACGUGGUGAAAAUGUUAGAGAAACUGGUUCCUCCCCGGGGAGGGGGGCUUCCCGGGUACUGGCGAGGCGGUGGGCCCGUGCGCCUAUUGGCCAGACGGAUGGAACCCAGGAACUCGCACACGAGCCGCUCGCGUGCAGGCUCGAGCUCUAUAAAUAAGACCCGAGGUGCUGGAAACAGGAGCAGAUCUUUGAUAAAGGUGAAGAUGCCCGCCGGUACUUUGGAAAGAACGUCCCCAUCCGCUGUGGCUGCCACUCCGGCAAGUGGGGACUGCACACCCGAGAAACCCCGGACUCUGACAGAGAACAGAAAGUCCUCCAAACCAAUCAUGGAAAAGCGGAGACGUGCGCGCAUCAAUGAGAGUCUUGGCCAGCUUAAGACCCUCAUCCUGGACGCACUCAAGAAAGACAGCUCCAGACACUCCAAACUGGAGAAGGCAGAUAUACUGGAGAUGACUGUGAAGCACCUCAGGAACCUGCAGCGACUUCAGAUGACUGCUGCUGUGAACACAGACCCAUCCGUCUUGGGUAAAUACAGAGCUGGGUUCAGUGAGUGUGUUGGAGAGGUCACUCGUUUCUUGUCCACGUGUGAGGGGGUGAACACAGAGGUGCGGACUCGCCUGCUCAGCCACCUGGCGGCCUGUGUGACCCAGAUCAGCGCUGUCAACUUGUAUGGACCUCACCCAGCCAUACUCGGACUUGGACAGACCAAUACACAGAUUCCAGCUGCGUCAGCCCCACAGAUGCCGUGCAAAAGUGGCUCAGCAAUGCAAGUUUCCCCAGAAGCGAUGAAGCUCUACGGCGGCUUCCAGGUCGUGCCAGCGCCGGAUGGACAGUUCACUUUUCUUGUUCCCAGUGCAGCUCUCAUACCUCUGAACGCACAAAACAGUCACCACAUGUCACCUGCUGCACCUCCGCUCACCACAGACUCUGUGUGGAGACCAUGGUAGAAAAUCAGAUCAGCAGAUUGUGGGGGAAAAAAAGGACUAUCACACAAUAACACAUAUUUUUGUACAUUUUGUAAAUAUUUUUGAAAACCUUCUUGCGAGGGAUGUUUACACAUGUGUGUUUUUAUAUGGACAUUGCCAGAUAUUCUUGGCCUUUUUGCUUGCUGUGAUUUUUUCUGUUUUUGAUAUGGCACAAUUCAUUUGCCUCAGGAGGUCAAUAAUAUCUUUGAAAAGCUCUUGAAAAGCACUGUGUUUCUUGAGAUUAAUAAAAUGUUUCUAUGAUGUU